CGUAUCUCUCUCUACACAAGAAAAAUAAAAACACUCCCCAUAGAUAUAUAUCGUAAGAACCACAAAAAAAAGCUUUGCGGUUUCGUAUUCUUCUUCAUUGAUUCUUGAUUCUUGUAGAAGAAAGAUUGAAUAAUAAGAAGAAGACGAUAGAGUUGGGUCACUUCCCACCGACGAUCUUCUCCUACUCCAUGGAUGGAAUGUACAAUUUUCAUUCGGCCGGUGAUUACUCAGAUAAGGCGGUGCUGAUGAUGUCACCGGAGAGUCUCAUGUUCCCUUCCGAUUACCAAGCCUUGCUAUGUUCCUCCGCCGGUGAGAAUCGUGUCUCUGAUGUUUUCGGAUCCGACGAGCUACUCUCAGCAGCCGCCUCAGCUUUGUCCUCGGAGGCUGCUUCGAUCGCUCCGGAGAUCCGUAGAAACGAUGAUAACGUUUCUCUCAGUGUCAUCAAGUCCAAAAUCGCUUCACAUCCUUCGUAUCCUCGCCUACUUCAAGCCUACAUCGAUUGCCAAAAGGUCGGAGCACCACCGGAGAUAGCGUGUUUGCUUGAGGAGAUUCAAAGGGAGAGUGAUGUGUAUAAGCGAGACGUUGUUCCUUUGUCUUGCUACGGAGCUGAUCCUGAGCUUGAUGAAUUUAUGGAAACGUACUGUGAUAUAUUGGUGAAAUACAAAUCGGAUCUUGCAAGGCCGUUUGAUGAGGCAACUAGUUUCUUGAACAAGAUUGAGAUGCAGCUACGGAACCUAUGUACUGGUGUGGAUUCUGCUAGGAACGUUUCGGAGGAUGGUGCAAUAUCAUCAGACGAGGAACUGAGUGGAGGAGAUCAUGAGGUAGCGGAGGACGGGAGACAAAGAUGCGAGGACCGUGAUCUCAAGGAUAGGUUGCUACGCAAAUUUGGAAGCCGUAUAAGUUCUCUAAAGCUGGAGUUUUCAAAGAAGAAGAAGAAAGGAAAGCUACCUAGAGAAGCAAGACAAGCUCUUCUUGAUUGGUGGAAUCUCCAUUACAAGUGGCCUUACCCUACCGAAGGAGAUAAGAUAGCAUUAGCUGAUGCAACAGGGUUAGACCAGAAACAAAUCAACAACUGGUUUAUAAACCAAAGGAAACGCCAUUGGAAGCCGUCAGAGAAUAUGCCAUUCGCUAUGAUGGAUGAUUCUAGUGGAUCAUUCUUCACCGAGGAAUGAAUUUUAUUUAUUAUGGUGGUAUCAUUUAUUUUAACCUUCGAAAAGAAAAAUUAAAGAUGGGUGUAUUUGAAAAUGUAUAAUUCUGCCUUGCUUUGCCGACAAAGAAAAGAAAAGAGUGAAGCAUGGACGAGAUCUGGAUGAAAUGUUUAACACUCACUCACUCACAUGUAGGAUGGAACAAGGAGACAAGUCAAAAAUGCUUUGUAACUAUUAUUGUCAGUGAAUAAAAUAACUUCUUUGGUCUCUUCCUAAA